AUGUCGGACUUUGGGCUCUCGGACGUUAACAUGGAUGCAACGACGAAGAAGGAGCUUCAGACCUUCCUCGAGGCCGAGCAGGCGCAACAGCGGGUGCAGGAAAAUAUCCACAGCCUUACCAACAUGUGCUGGGACAAGUACGUUGUCUUCCUCCCUCCGCGCCCCGCAAUCCGUGCGAUCUCAACCCUCUUUUCCUCCUUCGCCCCUUCUCCCAUUCACUUCCUGGCCGCGGCCACGCGGUUCCUCGCCCCUUCCGCCCCAAAACCGGAGCGCGACUGCCUCCACAACUGCGUCGGCCGCUUCCUCGACACCUCCAGUUUCAUCAUCGCCAAGGUCCAGGAGAAGCGUAGCUCGGCUGGCGUCUCGUCCUGA